GCAUUCUGCAGGUACUUUGAUCCGUGGCCACGUCGCAGCAUGUUGAGUCAAGUCUACCGCUCUGGGGUCCAGCCCUUCGGCCGGCGUCUCCUGCCCUGGGUCCAAUCUCCAGGUCUCUCCAGAUCUCAUCGUGUGCAGACUUCAGCCACCAGACAUGUUCGUUCUUGGAGCAACAUCCCCUUUAUCACUGUCCCCCUCAGUCGUACACACGGCAAGUCUUUUGCCCACCGCAGUGAGCUGAAGCAUGCUAAGAGGAUCGUGGUGAAACUGGGAAGUGCCGUGGUGACCCGAGGGGAUGAAUGUGGCCUGGCCCUGGGGCGCCUGGCAUCUAUUGUCGAGCAGGUGUCAGUGCUGCAGAAUCAAGGCCGAGAGAUGAUGCUGGUUACCAGUGGAGCCGUAGCCUUUGGGAAGCAGCGCUUGCGCCAUGAGAUCCUUCUGUCUCAGAGCGUGCGGCAGGCCCUGCACUCAGGGCAGAACCAGCUGAAAGAGAUGGCAAUACCUGUCUUAGAAGCCCGAGCCUGCGCAGCUGCCGGACAGAGUGGGCUGAUGGCCUUGUAUGAAGCCAUGUUUACCCAGUAUAGCAUCUGUGCUGCCCAGAUUUUGGUGACCAAUUUGGAUUUCCAUGAUGAGCAGAAGCGCCGGAACCUCAAUGGGACACUCCAUGAGCUCCUCCGAAUGAACAUCGUCCCCAUUAUCAACACAAAUGAUGCUGUUGUCCCCCCAGCUGAGCCCAAUAGUGAUCUCCAGGGGGUAAAUGUUAUUAGUGUUAAAGAUAAUGAUAGCCUGGCUGCCCGUCUGGCCGUGGAAAUGAAAACUGACCUCUUGAUCGUUCUUUCAGAUGUAGAAGGCCUCUUUGACAGCCCCCCAGGCUCAGAUGAUGCAAAGCUCAUUGAUAUAUUUUAUCCUGGAGAUCAGCAGUCUGUCACAUUCGGAACCAAGUCGAGAGUAGGAAUGGGUGGCAUGGAAGCCAAGGUGAAAGCAGCCCUCUGGGCUUUGCAAGGUGGCACUUCUGUGGUUAUUGCCAACGGAACCCACCCAAAGGUAUCUGGGCACGUCAUCACAGACAUCGUGGAGGGAAAGAAAGUUGGCACCUUCUUUUCCGAAGUGAAGCCUGCAGGCCCUACGGUUGAGCAGCAGGGGGAAAUGGCUCGAUCAGGAGGAAGGAUGUUGGCCACCUUGGAACCUGAGCAGAGAGCAGAAAUUAUCUAUCAUCUGGCUGAUCUGUUGACAGACCAGCGUGAUGAGAUCCUGUUAGCCAACAAAAAAGACUUGGAGGAGGCAGAAGGGAGACUUGCAGCUCCUCUGCUGAAACGUUUGAGCCUCUCCACGUCUAAGCUGAACAGCCUGGCCAUCGGUCUGCGACAGAUCGCAGCCUCCUCACAGGACAGCGUGGGGCGUGUUUUGCGCCGGACCCGAAUUGCCAAAAACUUGGAACUAGAACAAGUGACUGUCCCAAUUGGAGUUUUACUGGUCAUCUUUGAAUCUCGCCCUGACUGUCUACCCCAGGUGGCAGCCUUGGCUAUUGCAAGUGGUAAUGGCUUGUUACUCAAAGGAGGGAAGGAGGCCGCACACAGCAACCGGAUUCUCCACCUCCUAACCCAGGAGGCCCUCUCUAUUCAUGGAGUGAAGGAAGCUGUACAACUGGUGAAUACCAGGGAAGAAGUGGAAGAUCUUUGCCGCCUAGACAAAAUGAUAGAUCUAAUCAUUCCACGUGGCUCUUCCCAGCUGGUCAGAGACAUCCAAAAAGCGGCUAAGGGGAUUCCAGUGAUGGGGCACAGUGAAGGGAUCUGCCACAUGUAUGUGGAUUCAGAGGCCAGUGUGGAUAAAGUCACUAGACUAGUCAGAGAUUCUAAAUGCGAAUAUCCAGCUGCCUGUAAUGCUUUAGAGACUCUGUUAAUCCAUCGAGAUCUGCUGAGAACACCAUUAUUUGACCAGAUCAUUGAUAUGCUGAGAGUGGAACAGGUGAAAAUUCAUGCAGGCCCCAAGUUCGCCUCCUAUCUGACUUUCAGCCCCUCCGAAGUGAAGUCCCUCCGAACUGAGUAUGGGGACCUGGAGUUGUGCAUUGAAGUGGUAGACAGCGUCCAGGAGGCCAUCGACCACAUCCACAAGUACGGCAGCUCCCACACGGAUGUCAUUGUCACAGAGAAUGAGAAGACAGCCGAGUUCUUCCUUCAGCACGUGGAUAGUGCCUGUGUGUUCUGGAACGCCAGCACUCGCUUCUCUGAUGGCUACCGCUUUGGACUGGGAGCUGAAGUGGGCAUCAGUACAUCUCGAAUCCACGCCCGGGGACCAGUAGGACUUGAGGGACUCCUUACUACUAAGUGGCUGCUGCGAGGGCAGGACCAUGUGGUCUCAGAUUUCUCAGAGCAUGGAAGUUUAAAAUAUCUUCACGAGAACCUCCCUGUUCCUCAGAGAAAUACCAACUGAAAGCAUUCAAAGAAGAGCCGGAAUGUUCCGAGAGGUCUUCACAGUUAAACAUGUCUUAAGAAUCUCAGAGGAGGAGCCAGGUCUUGUCUCCCGCUUGCUGGAAGGGUCUGCCUGUUGGAAAGUGCACCUAGAGGCUUCUGGGCUCAGUUUGGUAACAUCGGUCUUGGCUAAUGUGCGUAUUCCAGCUCACUCUUCUCUCUUUUUUUUUUUUUAAGUUAAAAAAUAAUUGCUAUGGAUAGAGACUUUGCUUAAUUGCUCCAGAUUUGGACUUGCUUCACCGAGUCCAAUUCCUUUCAAUGAUAGAAACAGAAAGGUCCAGUUUCCCCACAUAAAAGGCAAUGGAAAAAUCGUGUUUGCUUUUUACCUUUUAUUGCCUCAAUGAGGUCAAGUCUCCCUUGGCAUUUGGUUGGUACUAGAGCCAGUCAUACCUAAUGUGUCUUUCCACUUUUCAUUUCUUUCACUCAUAGUCAUCCUUCAAAAGGAACAAUGUAGGAUUUUAGAAGAGGGACAGCUCUUCUUUUUAGCAUUUUCAUCAGAGACAAUCACAAAAAUGAGCUGAAUCAUUUUCACUGGGCAGAUUGACCUUUUGUAUUUAUUUGUGAAGUAGAUGUAAAUAAGCAUUCCAGAUGCUUGCAGCCUCUCCGGAUGCAGGAGAGUCGGCGUUACCCAUGCUGCAGCAGUUGGAACCUGGAGCUGCAGGUAGGAGGUGUGAGUUUCAGGACGACGUAACUGCUGCAGCCAUUAUGCUUGAAAUUUUUAUAUAAAUUAUUUUGUUAUCCUAUCUUUUCCCUCCAAAACGAAAAUUAGAGGAUUAUUUUAAUACUUUGGAUUCUUCCCCCCUUUUUGAGAAAUAAAGUUCUUAUGAAAAGCC